AUGACCAGACGGGGAAGUCGUGGCACUUCCGCUACUCCUACUGGAAUAGCAGCCAGAGAUUCGAUGACCGGACGAGGAAGUCAAGAAAGGAAAAGAGAGAUUGAAGAGAAAAGAGAAAUCACCAGCGACGGAGCACACUCUGCAAGGAAGAAGCUCGUUGGCGAGGAUGACGAAAAGAUUGCAUUGAGCGAAGUCGGAGUCCAGCGGCGGCAACUGUUCGAGCAUCGGAGGAGAGGACACCGAAGGAGACGGAGAGAAAUACAGGAGACGGAGCUCGAGUCGGAGUCCAGCGCCGACAACUAUUCGAGCGCCGGAGGAGAGGAAAUGCAGGAGACGGAGACGGAGCGGCCGAAGUGGAAGAACCCUGCCGACGGAAUUAUUAAUUCCAUCUCUAAUUCGCCUGAGUAUGAUGUUGGUGAUAGAGAUCGUAUUCGAAAAGAAUAUGUUGCUAUGGGCCCUUGUCAACCUCGAGGCCAUAAUUUUCCAAGAAAAAAAAUGGGUAAAGACAAUAGAUGUUUCAGGGAGGUUUGGUUUAAAGACCGUGAUUGGUGGGAGUAUAGUGUUUCAAAGGAUGCAGCCUUUUGUUUCUGGUGUUAUCUUUUUAGACCUAGUAAUAUAGGGUUUGGAGGAGAUGAUGUGUUUACGAGAUCUGGUUUUAUUAAUUGGAAAAAAACAAUUGAAAAAUUCAAUGAGCAUGUAGGUGGAGUUGGUAGUGCGCACAAUGAGGCAAGAAUACAGUUUGAGGGUUUCAAGAAUCAAAGACAAAGUGUGGAGUAUUCAUUUUCAUCGGGAAAACAUGAGCUUGAAGUUGCUUAUCGCAAACGCUUGACUUCCAUUUUAAAAGUAAUUCGAUUUUUGUUGUUACAAGGAUUGCCUUUUCGGGGACAUGAUGAGUCUUCGACAUCAUCCAAUAGAGGCAAGUUUUUAGAAUUGCUCAAAUGGUAUAGCUCAGAGUGUCCAGAAGUUGCGGCAGUUGUUGGAAUGAAUGCACCUGGAAAUAAUCAAAUGAUUGCCCCAAAAAUUCAAAAGCAAUUGGUGAAUGCUUGUACAGUUGAGACCACAAAUGUUAUUCUAGCUGAUCUUGGAGAUAGGUGGUUCACUUUACUACUUGAUGAGGCUCGUGACUGUUCAGUGAAAGAGCAAAUGGCAGUUGUUAUUAGAUAUGUGAACAAACAUGGAGAGGUGAUUGAACGAUUUAUGGUUGUAGUUCAUGUUGCAACAACUACAGCUGCUUGUUUGAAGGAGGCAAUCGACUCUUUAUUUGCUAAAUAUGGUUUGUCAAUGGCGAGAUUGAGGGGUCAAGGAUAUGAUGGUGCUUCAAAUAUGUCUGGGGAAUUUAAUGGCUUAAAGUCACUAAUAAUGAAAGAAAAUCCGUAUGCAUUGUAUGUUCAUUGUUUUGCUCAUCAACUCCAGCUAGUGGUUGUAGCUGUUGCUCAAGCAAAUCAAUAUGUUUGUGAUUUCAUGUGGAUUGUUGGUUCGAUUGUAAACACAUCUGCAUCAUCUUGCAAAAGGGCCGACAAACUUCUACAACUUGAACAUGACAGAAAAGUUAAACUUCUUGAAAGAGGAGAGAUUAGUUCAGGUAGAGGACUAAACCAAGAAACUAGUCUAGCUAGACAUGGAGAUACACGAUGGGGGUCUCAUCAUUCAACUUUAUGUCGUAUUGAACAAAUGUGGCCAUCUGUUAUAGAGGUUCUUCAAAAUUUGAUUGAUGAUGGUGAUCAUUCUUCCAAGGGUUUAAAUAGAACUUUGGUUGAAAGAAUGGAGAGGUAUGAAUUUGUGUUUAUUCUACUAUUGAUGAAACGUAUAUUGGCAAUCACAAAUCAUUUGUCAACCGUUCUACAAGAGAAAGAUCAAAAUAUUGUGAAUGCGAUGCGUUUGAUCAAUAAUGUGAAAUCCAAAUUGCAAAAGUUGAGAGAUUCUGGAUGGAAUAUUUUACUUGAGGAUGUGAAGAAGUUUUGUAACACUCAUUUCAUUGAAAUAAUUAAUAUAACAGAUAACAUCAACAGCCGUAGUCGUUUGAAGAGAGAUGGAAAAAAUGUUAUCGAUAUUAUUCUACAGGAGAUGGAUAGUCGUUUCUCUGAAACAACUACAGAUUUGUUGAUUUAUAUGUCAUGCCUUGAUCCUAGGAACUCGUUCUCUAGAUUUGAUGUACAGAAGUUAGUGCGUCUAGCUCAUUUUUAUGAGGAUGAUUUUUCUUGGAAUGAGCGUAUGUUGAUUGAACAAGAGCUUGAAACAUAUAUUGAUGAUGUCAGAUCAGAUGAACGAUUUGAAGACAUUUAA